AUGUUCCGCUUCAUACACCCGGGAGCCACUGAGAACCAUCAGGAACCCGACCCACCAGCGGCCAUCUCAUCCUCAAGCACAGUAGAGCAGACACCUACGCGCGCGGCGCAUCCCGAAGUCCUCUAUCCCAAGUUGCCCUCCGACUGGUACGAGAACGACCGGUAUUGGGUCCUCGGGUGGGACACCAACCAUCCACGCCUCAAACAGGUCCUCGAGUGGUGCUCCCGCUUCCGCCCCAUCCAGCUCUGCACCGUCCUGCCCGACGACGCGCCGAUCCCGCCGCUGACGGGCAAGGAUGAGGUCCCGCGGAUCACACUCGUCUCCAUCUGCUUCACAGCCAGACUCCCCCUCUACAAGAGGCGGCCGACCAAGGCGCAAUACAAAUGGCUCAAACAGCUGUUCGGCUGCCGGCCACGCUGGUAUCGGGAUAGUUUCCCCAAGAACGAGUUCCACCUGCACCUCAUCGAGUAA